AGCCGUAGCUCUUCUACCCGCUCGUAAGUGCAACUGGUAUGGGUAAUGGUGUGAGAGAAGGUCAAGUGGAUUUCAAACGACAGGAUGUGGAGCCCAUUGCAUCAACCCAUCUCCCAGCAGAGGGUAACCAGGAGAAAAAGAAAGUACUCAACUCCCUGAUGUCUGGUGCGUUGGCUGGUGCUGUUGCUAAAACUGCAGUAGCUCCACUGGAUAGGACAAAAAUCAUGUUCCAAGUGUCUUCAAAAAGAUUUUCUGCCAAGGAAGCCUACAGGCUGAUUUAUCGCACCUACCUCAACGAAGGCUUCUGGAGUCUCUGGCGAGGGAACUCGGCCACCAUGGUCCGCGUCAUCCCUUACGCCGCCAUCCAGUUCUGCGCGCACGAAGAGUACAAGCAGCUCCUGGGGAGUUACUACGGCUUCCAGGGAAAAGCGCUGACACCCUUUCCUCGAUUCAUUGCUGGCUCUCUGGCAGGCACAACGGCUGCCAUGUUAACCUACCCCUUGGAUAUGGUCCGUGCUCGAAUGGCUGUCACGCCGAAGGAGAUGUACAGCAAUAUUGUUCAUGUCUUCAUCCGGAUAUCCCGAGAGGAGGGACUGAAGACAUUGUAUAGGGGAUUUACACCAACCAUCCUUGGAGUGAUUCCGUAUGCUGGGCUUAGCUUCUUCACCUACGAGACGCUGAAGAAACUACAUGCAGAUCACAGUGGGAAAUUGCAGCCAUCCCCUCCGGAGCGGCUUUUGUUCGGUGCCUGCGCAGGCUUGAUUGGCCAGUCGGCUUCUUACCCCCUGGACGUGGUUCGCCGACGGAUGCAGACGGCGGGGGUUAUGGGACACACGUACAGUUCCAUCCUUCUCACCAUGCAGGAGAUUGUAAGAGAAGAGGGACUAAUCCGUGGCUUGUACAAAGGACUCAGCAUGAACUGGGUCAAAGGUCCAAUUGCAGUGGGAAUAAGCUUCACCACCUUUGACCUGACGCAGAUCCUUCUCCGUAAAUUACAGCACAGCACUAACGUUGAGAGGUAGUAGCUUAAUCCCACGGUCCUUGCUGGGGAAAAGUACAACACGUGUAGAAAGAGCAGUGCCAGCAUCUGCUCACUUGGUACGUGCUCUCC